AUGGCUCAAGGCUCAUCUCAGUUCCAAGCGACGUUGUCUUCCACGACCUCACGCCCUGGCGUCAUGGCUCUUCAUGGUUCAGCUGCUGCCACAGCUGGAAUGCGCAGCCAUCGUAUUGGUGGAGGCGGCAACUCCAGCUCCGGAGGCAUGGGCGGCAGCGGCAGUGGCUCUGGUGCCAAAAAUAACAUACUCAGCUUCUACACCGACGAUGCUCCUGGCUUGAAGAUCUCCCCCAUCGUCAUGCUCGUCAUGAGCCUCUGCUUCAUCACUGCCCUCCACGUCUUCGGCAAGCUCUACCUCCACCAAUCCACCGGCGGAGCUUAA